UGGUCUAUAUAGUGAGUUCCAUGUGGCUACAGGGAGACCCUGUCUCAAAAAAACCAAUAAUAAUAAAUAAAUAAAAACUAAAAUGGGCUGGAGUGUAGCUCCAUGGCAGAGCACUUGCAUAGCAUGCAUAGGCCCUGGAUUCCAUCUCAAGCACUAGGAAAAUGUUUACAAAAGGUGUCACCCACACAUCCGCCCCACAUAGUGACACAGUGAGGGUGUGGGGCUGACUUCAGGACUGGAUCCCCAUGAAGGGGUGAGGUUCUUGGAGCCUCUGAGGCCUAGGGACCAGGGAACAUUGGUCUCUGUCCCACGCGGGCGUCUGACCCAAAGUUCUGUGCUUGCCUCUGUUCUUCCUUGGUUGUCAGGUGAUUGCCAGGUUCAUGUGCCAUCUCCAAUCCCUGCCUCCUGCCAGGACCUAGAAGGGGUCUGGAGUACUAAUCCGCACGCGGGGCAGAGUUGAGGUCUUAACUCACUGGAGCUGCGCACCAGUUUCCUAAAAGUCCUCUACUGGAGGGAGUGCAGCCUGAGAGGAUGUGACAUAGGAGUAAGGGAGUGAUGGAAUAUUCGAGCUUUUUCCUCACUGCUCAGCACCUACUUGCUGCCCCUCCCAAAGAGUGAGGAGUGACUGUGGUUGCAGCCCCCAGCCAACAAUAACGGUUGGUCUGGUUAUGGGACCUGGGACAGCAGGACUGGGAGAGCCGGCCAGGCAGGUCCCUAGCCUGGGUGCCAGCUCCCCCCCUCCCCCAGGUCCCGUCCUAUAGGGCCAGCCUGUUGUGGCUCUUUUAGAGACGUGCAAGGCCUCCAGCGCUGCUACAGGCGGUGACAGCCAGGUCAGCCCUCCAGUUUCCUACACACAGACCUUAGCGCCCCAAGUCUGGAUCCUCCGGACGGGGUGGAGGUUGGUACUGGCACCCCAGCGGCCUUGAUCCCGCCCAGUUAGGGUCCCGGGAGGGUGGGAGACAUGACUGCCCCCUGCGGGUCUCCGGGGAGACCUCGCCACCCUGGGUCGGGCCACCGGGAAGGCAGGAGAGGCGGGGACACGGCCGCAGAGGAUCCACCCGGGCCGGCUCUCUCGGAGAGGGGGGGGUCUCCCGGCCUGCAAGGUUGCAAGGUCGCUCCCGGCCCGCGCCACUCGCCGGCUGUCGGGGUCCAAGCAGGGGCGGGGCGCGCCGCGCGUUUCCGGGAGGAGCAGCGCGCCCAGCAGGUGCGGCGGCGCGGCUCGCAGGUAGGCGCCGGCUCGCACGUCCCGCGGUGGGGGUCCCACGGCCGGGGUCCCACGCCGCGCUCUCCCGACUCCCCGGCUCCCGGCCCUGGGCGCACCUCCAGACGGCAGGGCCGAGGCGCCGACCGCACGCGUCUCGGUCCGGGACAACCGUGGUCUUGCAGGGCGCCGCAGCAGAACCCGCUGGACUCCAGACUACGUGGACGCGGGCUCGCGGGGCCCACCCGCUGCCCUUCCUCCGGACUCCCUGGGGCCUGGACAAAGUGCAGCUUCCGGCUGGGAUGGACGUCCCGUCCCGUCCCGUGGGGCCCGGGAGCGGUUUUGUUGGUGACCGCGCCCAGGGGAGGGGAACACCCAGGGGGCAAUGACCCCGGGCAGCCCUACCCCGUGGCUUCUGCUCUGUUAGGGGGUGGCCGCUCUCCCGGUAUAUGGCAUCUAACAGAGCCAAGACUUGCUCCUAUGGCCAGCCCUGGGCAGCCCGGGGCUGGGGAGGGCCAGGAGGAGGAGGAGAAAGAGGGGACCUCGGCAGGGAAUCAUCAGGCAGAGGUGCUGCAGCAGGCCCAGGAACUCUUUCUACUGUGUGACAAGGAUGCCAAGGGCUUCAUCACCAGGCAGGACUUGCAGGGCCUGCAGAGUGAUCUUCUUCUCACGCCUGAGCAGCUGGAGGCUGUGUUUGAAAGUCUGGACCAGGCCCACACUGGCUUCCUGACAGCCCGAGAGUUCUGCCUAGGCCUGGGGAAGUUUGUGGGGGUGGAGUUGGCCCAAGGCGCGCCCGCCUCGAGGACUCCCGAGGAAACUUUUGAGUCCCGCACCGGGGGCUCUAUGGAAGAGGAGGAGGAAGAUGAGACUUUCCACACUGCCUUAGAGCAGCUGGGAGUGGCCCGGGUCUUGAGCGAGCAGAGGGCUGUGCAGGCGCUCUGGGCCCGGCUGCACCGCGAGCGUCCGGAGCUGUUGGGCUCUUUGGAGGAUGUCCUGAUGCGCGCGUCCGCCUGCCUGGAGGCGGCGGCCCGGGAGCGCGACGGCCUGGAGCAAGCGCUGCGGCGGCGGGAGAGUGAGCACGAGAGAGAGGUGCGAGGCCUGUACGAGGAACUGGAGCAGCAGCUCCGGGAACAGCGGCGCCGCGCACAGAGACAGAUCCCGCCUAGGGAGGAGCAGAGGGGCCGCCUGGAGCUGGAGCUGCAGACCCGGGAGCUAGAGUUGGAACGCGCAGGCCUGAGGCAGCGGGAGCUGGAACAGCAGUUGCAGGCCAGGGCUUCAGAACAGCUAGAGGCCCAGGCCCAGCACACCCAGCUGCGUCGGGCCUAUGAGGCACUCCGUGCACAGCUGGACCAGGCACAGGAACAGCUCAGCAGAUUGGAAGGUGAAGCACAGGGCCGUCAGGAGCAAACCCAAAGAGAUGUGGUUGCUGUCUCCAGGAACAUGCAGAAAGAGAAGCACAGCCUUUUAAGGCAACUGGAACUGCUGAGGGAUCUGAAUAUGCGGCUUCGAGAUGAGCGGGAUGCCUGUGAGACUAAGAUGCUGACCAGUAGCCACCGGAAGGCUCUAGCUAUUCAGAAGCCUGGGCCCACCUGCUGCUGCUGUGACUGGGCUCGGCCCCCCAGAUGGGGCUCUGGCCAUCUUCCUAGUGCCUGAUGACCAGUCCCAAGUGAUUUGGGGGAGCUGCUCCGAGAAGGGGACUUGUUUGCUCAGUAUGUGGGCUCUACCCAGAAAAUGUCAACUGCAUGAAGGAAGAUGUGAAGGAAGUAACUUGGGGGUGGUCAGGGUCUCCUUCCUGUCCUCAUCUAUGCUCAGCAGCAACAAAACUCUUUCCAAUAAAGUCCACUGACCGUCA